AUGUCUACUACAACUAACCUACACCCCCCCUCCUCCCAUGCUCUUCCGCAGACCCCUCUCACUCCGACAACAAGACAUAUGGUCCUUUGGAUCCACGAUCCGGAUGGCUCACCUACUCUUUCUAAACGUGAGGCAGUCUUAAAUUAUGAUCUCUUUCCUCCUCAUGUUGCGAGACCUGGAGACAUAGCCGAAGUAAAAUUGAUGUCUUCGUCGUCCACCGGAAACGUAUCUGAUGACAGUAUAGCAGUGGGUGGAGGAGCUAUGGAGAGGAAGAAGAGCUAUACCAAUUCAAUGAUGGAAGAGGAGGGUACUGGGGUUGGUGGAAGGGCAGGGGGAGUUGGAGGGAGUACCAAGGUGGAGAAGAAAUUUUUGUUUGUGAUACGGGAAUUGGAGCCCGAGCAACGCGCGAAACCGAACCUACAGAUCUCGCUGGCUCGGCAUGUCGCUGAUUUAUUCGGGUUUCACUCAAGGGCUACUGUUACUGUCACGAUUAUCGAUAAAAAUCUUCAUGAAGCUUCGCAUGUUGAAAUUUACUUCCGAGACCAAUAUAUCUCCCGCAGUGAUAUGUGGCGCAUGGCUACCACAUUAUUGACAGACACCUGCCCCUACAAUUCACAAAAGCUCCUCUUCAUCUCCUCAAUUCGGGGAAGUGUUGGGAACAUCUGGGUACGUGGGCGGAAGGUCCAAUCCGCAUACUUUUCACCACGAACUGUUCCAAUAUUUCGCUCAGAGUCGGCCCGCUACGUCCUUUUCAUUCAGAUGAGCCGGGAGAUGUGGCACUUUGACACCGACGAUGGUGGAGAUGGCGAUCAGGGCGAAGGGGGUGGAGGAGGGGUGGGUGGCGAAAUAGUCUUCAACAAGCUUAUCAACGGAUUCUUGCCUGAGCUAUUCAAACGGUGGAAAAGAAUUAAUGCGCACCAUCUGGUAUCUAUAGUUUUGUUCACAAGAGUAGUUUAUGAACAUGGAGAACCAGUGGGAAUCCUGAAUAGGGAUGGGAAAGAAAGCGAAGAAUUUCUAGGAACUCCUGGGGGGAUAAGCAUCGGCGAGGGGAGACGCUAUAGAGAUUUCUAUCGCGUUGUGGUCUCCUCCAUGGCGAGCUCCGAUUGGACCAUUAUCCUUCACCGACUGAAGAAAGAAUUCUCAGUCUUCCUCCGGGAUAUCCUCCUCUCAACCCUCGCCUCGGAUCCCCCCACACAAAUCUGUUCCUAG